AUGCGUUCAUCAAACUUCCUUUUCGCCGGCCUCGUCGCAGUGGCAUAUGCCCAGAUCGACGCCAGCAUUAUCGCUGAGAUCCCUUCUUGCGCAACCGGCCCCUUGGUCUCUGGCAUCUCGGGCUCGGGCUGCCAAAUCACAGACUCAGCCUGUAUCUGCGGAAACGCAAAGCUCAUCUCUGACCUCCAAACCGCCGUCAAGGCUCAAUGCAGUGAAGCUGAUCUAGCCAAGGCUCUCGCAGUAACCUCCCAGAUCUGUCCUCAAGCUACAGCCGCCCCGGCAGCCGCUGCCGCAUCCUCAGCCUCUGAAGCCGCUACCUCUGCUGCGGCAGCCGCAUCUUCCGUCUCUUCUGUCGCGGCUACCGCUGCCAUCACUACUGACCCUUCGCCUGUGACUACUGCACCUUCCAUGGGUACUGGUAGUGCAAUGAUCAAUUACACUGCCACAACUGGAGAUUACACUCCUCCUGCCACACCUACGGUUACCCCUAGUACUGGUGCUGGUGCAAAGAGCUUUGCGCUGGGCUCAAUGGUCAUGGGGAUGGGUGUUUUGGGUAUGAUGUUUGCUGGCCUUUAG